AUACUGAAAAAAGGGGAGCAGAAGGGGGAAAUCAGGAUGGUAGGGGAGCAAAUAUACCCCUUUGCAUCAGAAACGGCAGAAAAAAAUCAAAGAGAAACGCUCUUGUCCAAAGAUGACAGUUGUGCUAUUUCAUCUUUGCAAGUGCUCCGCGUUUCCCGAGAGCUGCUAAAGGAGUGAUAAGGAUGCUAAGCAGAUUUUGCAACAUCCUGAAAUUAUGGGUGUAUAGGGAAGGUUUCGUCGGGCUUUUUUUUCCCUUUGCAAUGGAUCAUCCUGAAAAUUAGACGCAGAGGAGGGGAAAGGGGGUUGCGUUCUUUAUUUUAACAGACGAACAAAAACCUUCCCAUCACCAUGCUGCAAAGGAGGUAGAUGACAUUGUUUGGGGGAAAAUUGGAGAGGAGAAAACCCAACUGGAGAUCGCUUUUGUCUCCCCCUAAAAUAUGAUCAGAGGUGCUUGGAUGUAUCGAAGGGAAGAUGAUGCCGUGUUGAAAAUCUGUUGUGCACCCAAACAAAACGACAAACCCUGCGCCGACUCCGAGAGGGCACAGAAAUGGCGAAUGUCUUUGGCAUCCCUCUUAUUUUUCACUGUCCUUCUCUCUGAUCACCUCUGGUUGUGUGCUGGAGCCAAGCAGAGGUCCAAGGAUAGGGGGCUCCGUGCAACGCGGGGCAAUGCAACCGAUGUGGGUUAUCUACAAUUCGCAUCAAAUCCACAAUUUUCGUUAAGGGAUCAACUAGUACUAAAUAAAAGGGGGUGUGAUAUUUUUCUAAGCAAUUCGACCAAAUCUGCUGCUCCUAGUCCUCAGUGCACUGAGGAUCAAGACCACCUAGAUCUGGAGUCAGCCUGCACCAAAUUGCAUUUGCAACAGACAGGCUUCGGGUCCUUAUUAUUAGCAUCAUCACCGCCAUCCCCCUCAUCUGCAGAGUUCUUGUUGUCUUAUUUUCGGAAUUUUAGCCUUUCUUUUUGUGAUUCAUAUUCCGUCUCAGACCUGCUGGUGGGUAUGGCUAGCCCGGACGGUUUGGAUUGCAGUCUUCAGAACAUGCUUCGGGAUUUAGGUACAGGCGGAGGGGAGGAUGGGGAUGUCUGCAGCAACUGCAUCCAGGCUUAUGUGAGGCUGGACCAACACGCUCAGGAAAAAUACGAGGAGUUUGACUUCCUCUUUCUCAAAUACUUACAAUCAGAGGAUUUUUCAGUGAGAUCAUGCAUAGGCGACUGUAAGGCAGUCUACAAAGCAUGGUUGUGUGCAGAGUAUUUCAAUGCCACCCAGAGCCAGUGCCACAACAGAAUUCCCUGCAAGCAAUACUGCCUGGAAGUCCAGACCAGUUGUCCAUUUGUGUUACCAGACAAUGAUGACCUUAUCUAUGGUGGACUAUCAAGUUUCAUCUGUACAGGGCUUCUAGAAGACCACUUAACUAAUGCAGAACCAGAAUGUUGUGAUGUCAGAUGGAGCUCCUGUGGUCCACCAUUGGACGGUGUCUAUAACGCGUCUACCAAAUUCAUGGACUCCAGCACGCAUCACCAUCGGUCUUCUCUACCUGUAUCAGCAGCCUCGCGGCUGUGCAACAGCAGACUUAAACUGUGUGUGCUGGUCUUGAUCCUCCUGCACACCGUCGUCACUUUUUCUACAAUACAGAACAAUGGAGUCAGCUUGGAGGCUCUUACCACCAUGGAGGACAGCUCAACAAGAGAGGAGUGAAAUUGAACACCCUCACCCCGCCCCAGACAGAAACGAAACUCAAACGAAACAGAAAACAGGAAGUGUUUAUUUUCAAAAGGAGGCACGCGGUGUUCCUUAAUUUAAACAAAGGCAUGACAACAAAGAGAGAGAGAGAGAGAACAGGGCCACACGGAAACAAAAAGAACAGAACUAGGUAAAGCUUGUUUCUUCUGUGCACCUUGAUGACUAUUCUUUCCCAACAAGGUAAAAAGCAAUGUCAGGAGAAGGGUUUGAUGCACGUGGCCUUUUAUCAACUCCAUCAUGCUGUGUGGAGAUGACAGGUUGGAGCAGAGACAGGGGGGUAUUUUUUUUUAAAUCUUUAUAUACACAUCAAAAGAUAAUAAUGAUAAUAAUUAGACCUAGAUAUUCUGGCAAUCAAACUGAACCUCUAAGUGGAUUUCAAGUGUAAUCACCAGUUAUAAGAAAUCAGUAAGUGUAGCAAUCCAAUAUAGAAAAUGUUAGCAACACAAUGAA